CGGCGUCACUGCAGAUCCAAGGUCGCCGAGUGAUGAUGUGAGGUCGCCCGCCAGUCCCUGCCACGCCCGGGCGGUUAGCUGCGGCAGCGGCAGCGGCAGCUUCGGCUGCUGCUCUCAGGCUGCCGCGGCGUUAGGGGGUUCUUCCUGAGCGAGUGCGGGCGGAGGAGCGAGGACGCCGGGCCAUUCCCGCCAUGACUGUCCAAGGAUGAUAAUCACAAGAACACUCAACAGCUGCAGAUGUCACAUGACUCAUCUCGGAAAAUCUGUCUUACAGAAAAUAUACAUAUGAUCGCAUUCAUUUCCUUCCUAAAUGGCUUAAUGGAUUUUCUUUACUCCGAUUCAUACCAAAGCUGCCCCUUUCAACCAAAGCAAGAAAAGAUUCUGCAUGAGUCAACCCCAGCAUGCCAUUUUCACAUCACCAACAGGUGAAGAAAACCUCAUGAAUAGCAAUCACAGAGACUCGGAGAGCAUCACUGAUGUCUGCUCCAAUGAGGAUCUUCCUGAAGUCGAGCUGGUGAACCUGCUGGAGGAACAGCUGCCACAGUAUAAGCUAAGAGUCGACUCUCUCUUUCUCUAUGAAAACCAAGACUGGGCGCAGUCCUCACACCAGCCUCAGGAUGCAUCUGAGACCCUCUCUCCCGUCCUCGCUGAAGAGACGUUCCGCUACAUGAUUCUAGGCACAGACAGAGUGGAACAGAUGACCAAAACCUAUAAUGACAUUGACAUGGUUACGCAUCUCCUGGCAGAGAGGGAUCGAGAUCUAGAGCUAGCUGCUCGGAUUGGGCAGGCUCUCCUGAAGCGGAACCAUGUCUUAUCUGAGCAGAAUGAAGCCCUGGAGGAGCAGCUGGGACAAGCCUUUGAUCAAGUUAAUCAGCUGCAACAUGAGCUAUCCAAGAAAGAUGAACUGCUUCGGAUCGUUUCCAUUGCUUCUGAGGAGAGUGAAACAGAUUCUAGCUGCUCCACGCCUCUUCGGUUCAACGAGUCCUUCAGCUUAUCACAAGGCUUGCUGCAACUGGACAUGCUGCAUGAGAAGCUCAGGGAACUGGAAGAAGAGAACAUGGCCCUUCGAUCCAAGGCUUGUCAUAUCAAGACAGAAACUUUCACCUAUGAGGAAAAGGAACAACAGCUGGUCAAUGACUGUGUUAAAGAACUUCGUGAAACCAACGCGCAGAUGUCCAGAAUGACGCAAGAACUGUCGGGGAAGAGUGAUGAGCUGAUUCGCUACCAGGAGGAGAUCUCUUCCCUGCUCUCUCAGAUUGUAGAUCUUCAGCACAAGCUUAAAGAACAUGUCAUCGAGAAGGAAGAACUGAGGCUUCACCUGCAGGCUUCCAAAGACGCCCAGCGGCAGCUGACGAUGGAGCUCCAUGACUUACAAGACAGAAACAUGGAGUGCCUGGGGAUGCUGCACGAGUCCCAAGAAGAAAUCAAAGAGUUGCGGAGCAAAUGCGGCCCUUCGGCUCACCUCUGCUUCUCCCAGUCCUACGGCAUUCUCACAGGGGAAUCGUUGGCAGCUGAGAUUGAAGGGACCAUGCGUAAAAAGCUGAGUUUGGAUGAGGAGUCUGUGUUUAAACAAAAGGCCCAGCAGAAACGGGUGUUUGAUACCGUCAAGGUUGCCAAUGACGCUCGGGGCCGCUCUGUCACCUUCCCGGCCCUGCUACCCAUCCCAGGCUCCAACCGUUCAAGUGUCAUCAUGACAGCCAAACCCUUUGAGUCCGGUGUCCAGCAAACAGAGGACAAAACACUCCUGAACCACGGGAGCUGCACAGAGGUUCCAGGGAGCUCUCAGCCCACAAGCCACCCAGGACCCACUGAAGACAGCGACUUGGCUACGGCUUUGCAUCGCCUUAGCCUGCGAAGACAGAACUACCUAAGCGAGAAGCAGUUCUUUGCUGAGGAGUGGGAACGGAAGAUCCAGGUCCUGGCCGAGAAGGAGGAAGUCAGUAGCUGUGACACCCCCACAGGGCACCUCGUCUCGUUCUGUGCUGACCAGUCGGCGGAGAGCACGGACCUCGGCAGUGCCGGCUGCCUUCGAGGCUUCAUGCCAGAAAAGUUACAGAUUGUCAAGCCCCUGGAAGGAUCACAGACUCUGCAUCAUUGGCAGCAGCUUGCUCAACCAAACUUGGGAACCAUUCUUGACCCACGACCAGGCGUCAUUACUAAAGGCUUCACCCAAAUGCCCAAGGAUGUCGUCUAUCACAUCUCGGAUUUAGAGGAGGAUGAAGAAGAGGGAAUCACUUUUCAGGUUCAGCAGCCUCUUCAAGUGGAGCCAAAACCUGCAGCUCCCACGCCAGUGACGGGGAUCUUCCUGGCACCCAUUACCUCAGCGGGCGGGCCAGUUACAGUUGCAACUUCGAACCCAGGAAAGUGUCUGUCAUGCACGAACUCGACAUUCACCUUCACCAACUGUAGGAUCUUACAUCCCUCUGACAUCACUCAGGUCACCCCUAGCUCCGGGUUCCUGUCACUGUCCUGUGGAAGUAGCGGGAGCAGCUCAUCCCACACGGCUGUGAACUCUCCUGCUGUGUCCUAUAGACUCAGCAUUGGGGAAUCCAUCACAAACCGGCGCGACUCUACCGUAACCUUCAGCAGCACGCGGAGUUUAGCCAAGCUUCUGCAGGAGCGAGGCAUCUCUGCUAAGGUGUACCACAGCCCAGCUUCAGAAGACCCCCUCCUGCAGCCUCGCCCCAAGGCCCUGGCCACCCCUUCCACACCACCAAAUUCCCCGUCACAGUCACCAUGCUCUUCCCCCUUGCCCUUUGAGCCCCGAGUCCAUGUCUCCGAGAACUUUCUGGCUUCCCGACCAGCUGAAACAUUCCUACAAGAAAUGUAUGGCUUGAGACCUUCCAGGACUCCUCCUGAUGUUGGCCAGCUGAAGAUGAACUUGGUGGACAGGCUGAAGAGACUGGGGAUAGCCAGAGUGGUCAAGACCCCUGACCCCCAGGAGAACGGGAAAAGCCGAGAGGCAGAAAUGGGUCUUCAGAGGCCAGAGUCUGCUGUUUAUUUAAAUUCAAGUGGCAGUUUAUUGGGUGGACUGAGGAGGAAUCAGAGUCUCCCGGUCAUGAUGGGUAGCUUUGGAGCCCCAGUUUGCACAGCCUCACCCAAAAUGGGUAUCCUGAAGGAAGACUGAGGCUCAUCACUACUGACCUCAUGUAUAAAUUAGCACAUGAAGGAUUGAGACGCACUGAGAAUGGGUACCGGCCUGAGGAGAGAAAAAGAAUGUCGCAGAAGGGUUGCGGAUGUGGAGAGGUGUAGUGGGGGGAUGGAAGCAUUGGAUGAGGGCUUCGAGGAUGGAGUCGAGUAAACGGAAGGUGGGAACAAGUGACGUGAGUAGGCUGGAGACAGAAAUGGAGGGGUUAGCGCGCUUCUUCAGCUGAGUUGCCUUGCCUUGAAAAUGAAGAGUAGAAAAGGAAAUCCAAUCCUAUUGAAACACGGCAGUAAUACUGAGCUGCUGGCCCCUCUGUCCCUAGAACACGCAGGAGACACUGCCUAGGAGGAAAGCUAGGACCCUGGCUGUCCCAGCAGGAGGCUGCCCCAGAGGGUGCUGCAGGGCGUGGUCUGUUCCUGAGACUGUAGAUGCUUUCCCUGCUGAUGCCUGGUCAAAUUUGCAUCCAUCCAAUGGUGCACUCACAGCAUUAGCAAAUAAGGAGUUUUCUCCUGUCCCUUAUUUCAAAAAUGGAGACUUUCUCUUUUCAGAACGUUCAGGCACUGAGAACCCAAAUACCACCCAGAUUUCUUUGUAUUUAUGAUUACUAAAACUCCAGUUUUUUAAACUUGUAUUUUUGUACAACAUAACAAAAAUUUUGAAAAUUGUAAUGUGAGUGGGCUUGGGAGGGAUUUCAGAAGGAAAAUGGGGGUGAAUUGGAAUCAAGAAAGUUUUUCAGGAUAUUUCUUCUGGGUAAUAUGGUGGCCAAGGAAUGCAGGCAUAAUUGCAUGUUUCUCAAAUGUCCUUGGAGGCCGGAAGGAUUUGAACCAGAAGCGCAAUCAGUAGGACGUAGAUUAUGUUGUAUAUUUAUAUAUGUAAAUUUUUAAGAAAAGUUAGUUGUAACUAACUUUUCCCAAAGUGUGCUAUGCAUAUUUUUAAUGAAAGAUGACAAGUAUUUGCACAAAAAUUCUCAGGCACAUUAAAUUAUAAACUGAAGUAAAACCCAGGCUCUUGCUUCGAGAGUGUGUGUGUUGGAUUCCGUUGUUCUCCUUACGUAAUAAAGACAGCUGCCUAGUUCUUGGUGUCUGCGGGAGUAGAGAAGGACCUUGCUCAUGGGAGAGCUAAGACAAGUGAGGCCUGAAGUUGGGUUCAGCAUUCGGCAGUGUGAUGCAGGCCUUGAGUUGGGGAGAAGGCUCUGCUUUCUGAGGUGGCAGGCCAAGGCUUUGUCUCUGAGGAGUUGUUCAAGAAAGUGUCACACCCGGGGAGAAGAUGAGUGGGAAUUCCCUGUUCUGUCUGUAAAAACAGGAAGUCUCGUAGUUGGUCCUCUCGGUGCUUAACUUGCAAAUAUUUUGCUUGAGAGGAAUUUAUGUCUGCAGGGGGUUGCUUCCUUCUCGCCCUUGAGUCUCCUCCCCAAGAAGAGAUGCACGCAAAGGGUCAAAAAUAAAAUUCAUGCAAUGGUAAGAACCUAUGGGUUUUCUGUGUUUCUAGAACCUUUACUAACACUUUUCUAAAUAAAUUUCUCCGAAACAAAGGGUGGAAAGAUGCCCCCCCUACCCACACACACACCUUUGUCACCCUUUGCCUGGUCUCGCUGCUGUCAACAGACCACGCACACGUUUAGGAAGGACUCCGGGUUAGCAAGUGACCUUGAUAAAGCAGGCAUUAACACAAGACUUCCUGGUGGUUCAAUUUCCUAAAUAUUCCAAUUCAUUUUUUAAAAUAGCAUUUGUAUUUCUAGUCUAUAAAUAACUGGGUGCCUCCCUCAGCAAAAGCUCCAAGCUUUGUCUUGGUUCCCCAGGAAAGGACUCUUCUGUUGCUUGGACAUUCACAGCUUCCGAAGAAGGAGCCGCAGGAAGUAGGGAAGCGAGGGCUCGAGAGGGUCGGAAGGUGUUAAAUAACCAGGCUUCUGUAUGCCACAUAUACCACAGUAAUUAAGCUGAAUUCUGUGGAGUUCUGUGUUGAGAAUACUUCUAUACUUUUGUGUAGUCAGUGCCUAAGUGAUCACUGGAGGCAGAAUGGUGUCUUAGCACCAAGUGAGCACGUCUGGUUAAACCAGACGGGAUUUUGACAAUUAAAAUGAUUUUUUGAUGUUCCUUUGGAACAUAGUAAUUGUACCCUGGUGCAUGCUUGUCUCUGCAAAUGAAUCCUGUCUUAAAACUGGGUUUUGCUGAUUCUGAAGUUUUCGCCUAAAGUUAUUUUUGGUACUGAGAAUCUGUUACAUCAGGCUGUCUGUAAAAUGUAAUCCGAAGUAGAGCCUUCCAGCAAGUUCUUCCCCGGUGGAAUUGUUAUGCUCCGAUACUGUUCACAGUGUUUUUUGUUUUGUUUACAGUAUCGGCUGGUAUGUACUUUCAUGCUUGGUGGGAAAACCCAGUUGUUUUCUCCUUCAGGGUUUUCUGUGAUUAUUUCUCAGGUACUUCUGAGUGUCCUGUUACCUAGUAGGAGAGUCUUCUCGAACUCAGAAUUAAAAUUGCCCUGAAUUUUGAAGACCCCAAACCUUAUGUAAAUAGCCUUAGGUUUAAAUCCUUAGACGUUAAUAAUGCCCUUGUUAAUUAAGUAGGUUUUGGUUUCUGCCCUUGGUCUGACGUAAAUGGUCAGGCUCUGUCAACGGGGGAUGUCAGGCUCACGAGAGCCUGUCCUCUACUGAGGGCAUCUUUUCUACAGUAUUCCAGGCUCCUAGUGCAUAAUUAGUAGUGGGUGGUUCUCACGUCAGCUUGACAUCUGGAACUGGGGCUGCCUGUGUCUGGGGCCACCUCUGCUGUCGGGUGAGCAGAGGCGUGCACAGCCCCUCUCCCGAAUUCUGAGUGUGGCCCCAGGCAUGGCAUGGGGCCCUGGGGGCUCCAGGAGAAUACCGUUGUGUCACAUCUGGAACUGGACCUUAUCAAAUAGCUCUGUAUGCACCUGCCUUUGUUAUACCAAUUGUCAAUCAGAAAAUAAACACAAGUAGCUAAUUCUCAAA